AGUUGACUGGAUUAGGUUUGUUGUAAAAAGUCACUCAUACAUCUAAACCCAAGCCAGGGAUUGUAAAAGCAAGGUCUAUUUCUUGCUGCUAGAAGAUAUCUUGGUGAUCUGCUUUGAUUUAUAUUUGUUCAGUUGUUAUUUUUAGAUUCAGAAAACAGGUGAUGGGCGUGUACAUUUUGCAAGAAACUGGUCUAAGCUACUAGCGGAGUGUCAUGAGUUUUGCUGUGACAGGACAAUUUAUAGCACUGCGCAUGUGGAGUUGAUUGUCUCUCAAACCCCGGCAUGAAGUCAUAGGAGCGACUGUGCAGUAACUUUUCACUGGUUAGAGGAAUAACUGACUGCUCAGACCAUGGGAGUUGCAAACUCAAGAGACUAUCAACCAACGAUAACAGUUGUGCUGAAAAGGUCCCUUAUGGAGUGCUAUGAUGAACUGGGGAACCGCUAUCAGCUCCCUGCAUACUGCUUGGCUCCUCCAGUCAACCUGGUGUCCAAGUGCAACGAUCAUAAUGUGUCUGAAAACUCUGAGCUACAGGAGAAGAAGGAGAAGGAGUUCCAGCUGAAGGUGCGUCUCUCCAGCGGAAAAGACCUUCGCCUCAGUGCCACGAUGGCCGAUUCCAUUCGUCAGCUGAAAAAACAGCUUCAAAUUCAGGAAGACAUUGAUACUGCCCACCAGCGAUGGUUUUUCUCUGGAAAGCUACUCACGGAUAAAACACAUUUACAAGACACCAAGAUCCAGAAGGACUUUGUAAUACAGGUCAUUGUUAGUCAGCCCAUUGUUCCCAACUAAACACAAAUCUUUGAACUGGGACUCAAUGAACUCAAACCUAUGUUUUUAUUAUAUAAAGUCACUGAUCAGGUGUGAGUUUCAACACUUGUGCUUUUUAAAUAUUAAGCACAAACAUUUCUUCCAGAAAUGUCUACUUUUUCUAACCUAUGAGGAGCUGAAAAGGUCAAAUAUACAUGCAUAUAAGCAUGUGUAAAACAUUAAUAUAGUUCCACAGCAAUUGGAGAGUAUAUUCACAAGAUUUUGCAA